AUGGCUGCCAUUCUGCUUCUAAUAUCUAUUGUCAAUGAAAAGGAAAACAAAUCAAUCAAUUCUACGGAAAACUACGUAUCUUAUCUUCUUUCGGCACUGAGGACCGCUCUCCAAUCACCAGACUUUUACUCUUCAAAUCACCGACAUCAUUUGCAUGAUCUCAUUCGUGGACUCAAUAAGCUGACCCGUUUCGAUGCCAAUAAAAGACUGUUGUUGGAAGGCGAAAUACUAGGUGACAUUUCAAAAAUGUUGAGCAUUGCAAAAAAUCUCCAGAACUCUAAACCUGAUGAGUUUUCACAGAACCCUGUUUCUCAUGUGGACCCAAAUAAGUUGGCUACAGAAGUGGUUCGGCUAUUAUGGCAACUAUGCUUCUUGUCUGAAACACGAGAGCAACUCUUGCAGGACACUUCCCUGAUUGCCCUCUGCCGUGAUCUCAAUGCUAGUUCCUUCUCAACCACUUUUCGCGAAGCAGUUGAAGGGCUUUUUUGGUCACUAUCAAAACCGCUCAAGGACUUUGAAACGGCGGGUAGCCUGAAUUCCUCCCCACUCUCGACCACUGCCAAUCCCUAUGGCCACAUUGUUUUUGCUUGUAGUCGAACAAACCACCAUAGGGUCAUUGAUGACCUAAAGCUAGCUCUCAGGGAUCGUGGCUACAAUGUUUACAUUGAGUCAGAUAGAAUGCAUAUGGAGGACGCACUAGCUGACGCGUCUGCACUGAUCCUCUGUCUGAGUUAUUCCUUUAGCACGUCCCCCUUUUGCCGACAGCAGGUCCUCUCAGCCCUUUCCCAUCGUGUGGCGCUCAUCCCGGUGUUACUUGAGAGUAAUUAUGAGCCUGAGGCGUGGCUGCACUACCUUCUUGCAACUGUGAUCUACACGUCUUUUACUGACCGCGAUGAUCCCGAACAGGCAACCGAAUUCCUUUCGUUAGCUCUAGCCAAGUACGGCAUUGUGCGGCAGACCUGCGAUGUAGACGGCGCACUCUUGAAUGAGCCUCCACACGCACUCGUUGCGUCCCCAGAAGCCGUGGCGUUUCAGCGCCCCAAGUCAGCAUGUGCAGACUCAAGCAACUCGUCAACCCCAACUCCCAGCAAGUGCGCUACUCAGGCUAACCUCCAGGAUCUCCAACCACCACCCUUUUCUAGAUGUUCCCCAACUCACACCUCGGAGUCGCGGCUCGAGAGUUCUAGCUACAGUGUCUCCCAGAUGUCAUCCAUGUGGAGUCACUGUGAAGAAAGCGCCACUUCCUCUAAACUCGAAGACUCCGCGAUCGCUUUGGCAUAUCAAGCUCCGUCGGCAGAAAUUAAGUCCUGGAGUGCGAGUCGCGUGCGACGCUGGUUGGAAGAAAACGGUCUCUCAAAUUACGCGCCAGCGCUUCUUUGGCUGGAUGGCACGUUGCUGUGGGAACUCGCUUGGCACCGUAUCCGAAGCUGUGAUUCAUUCUUUUGCAAUCUUGACUACCAUCUGAAAAUGCCUCCACAGGACCAGAUGACCUUUUAUAAUGCCCUUUCUCUUCUUCGGGAUGCUACUUGA